UCGUUAUAGUAACAGGUGGGCAUCAUUUAGAAAAUUAUAUACCGGGUACCCCCAUAGCUAGCUAGCCUGAAUGGCUCUUGAGUGUGAGGUCGUAUCUGAGGGAAGGCUGCUGCAUUGCUCUCCUCAUGGAGCCACCAAUAGACACACUCACCUACAGCUAUCUCUGAGGCCAUUACCCUAUCCUCAAGUGUUCCCUAUCCAACCAUCUCCUGUGGUCAUGAGCAAACCAUUGGAUCGACUCACUCUGGCUAGCAGACUAGCCAGGAGAUAUGUGGCUGACCUACAAGUACACAAGAGGCACAAUGCUACCUCUGAAUGCACUAGUGUCCGGCCAGCCACACCAACGACAAUAGCUACUCCACCAACUCCACUAUGUGUGGACACUGUUAGUCCUCUAAUGAGAGGAGGGCGAUCAUCAGAGGAGAGACUGUCGAGAACUCAACAAGAGGCACACAACUUACACACACUCACAGAACUACAGAAACAAGUGAAGUGUUUGCAGAAUGAAUUACAUGUGUGCACAGGUGCCCACAAGGCCUCCCCCCACUCACUGUGCACAGGUGCCCACAAGGCCUCCCCCCACUCACUGUGCACAGUUGCCCACAAAGCCUCCCCCCACUCACUGUGCACAGUUGCCCACAAAGCCUCCCCCCACUCACAGAGGAGAGAGCUACCUCCUGAACUAGCACUACUCCUGUCCAGGCAGCAUCACCAGUUGAAGAAUGUGGAUAGACACUGUGUUCAGAAACCUGUGCGGAAUAAAAACUCUAGCAAGAAGCGGAGUAGGAAGAAAGUCAAAGUACCUAAUCGUCCAUUGCACAGAAGUACACCUGCUCCUAUUCAUUGUCAAACUUUAUCUAAAAGUGCUCCAAAUACCAGACUGAAACGCCCGCCCACACCAUCACAUGUUGUCAACCACUCCCCUACACCCUCACAGACUGUCAAACGCCCGCCCACACCAUCACAUGUUGUCAACCACUCUCCCACACCACCACAGACUGUCAAACGCCUGCCCACACAAUCACAGGCUCCCCCCACACCCUCACAUGCUGUCAACCAUUUGCCCAUACAUCCACAGGCUCCCCCCACACCCUCACAGGCUGUCAACCAUCUGCCCACACCAUCACAGGCUCCCCUCACACCCUCACAGGCUGUCAACCAUCUGCCCACACCAUCACAGGCUCCCCUCACACCCUCACAGGCUGUCAACCAUCUGCCCACACCAUUACAGGCUCCCCCCACACCCUCACAGGCUGUCAACCAUCUUCCCACACCAUCACAGGCUCCCCCCACACCACCACCAUGUGUUGAUGGUCUCUUGGAGCGUUUGUGUGAGCUAGAGGCUGAGACAGAGGUCAUCAGAGACAAAUGGAGGUCUGUGACCUUUGAUGACCACCUACCCACACUGACUCUACCAGCUCCUCCUCAUACAGUUACUGCAGCCCCAUGUAUACUGAAUCCUGCCAGUCUUUUGGCUGGUGUACAACGCUACUCUCACUAUCUAGAGCUGACUGGAACAUCCACUAAAGGAGGCUUUGAUCCUUGGGCUAUGGCUGAGAGGAUAUCUGAUGAAGUGCUGAUGGACUUGGUGGAGUGUGUAGCUGCUCAAGUUGAGACUGUUUGUAGCUCUUGCAUUGACAGACUCUACAGUGUUGAGUUUAGACCGCCCACACAAUGAGCAUAUUCAUUACUAUAAUGUUUUCAUGCUUGUUUACUACUUUGUCCAAUUUAUGAUCUCACAAAAGAUCUCACAAAAGUUUAAUUAUAGUGCAUGCCAUAAAAAGAUAAAUAAAGGAUGUGUGUAAAGAGUCUGUAUCUAUAGAGAAGCCCAUAGUUAUGUUUGUGUCUAUUAUUCUAUUCUACUGUUGUCUCUGGCUCCACCUCCUUGUCCCCCUCCUCCUCAUAUUCUCCUUCACCUUGUUCCUCCUCAUACUCAGCUUCCUCAUCUGCAUACUCCUCAUAGUAGACUGGCUCAGGAGAAGUGUACCAGGACCACAUGAUCAUGUAGCAUGU